AUGGGGUUCCGAAGACAUGACCAUAGACAACCUCCGCCACUGGUGCCUGAACCAGGUUCCCCUGGGCCUCCUGGAUCACCCCCACCUAAUUAUCAUGCUCCUCCUCCACCACCACCUCUUGGAUCAUUCCCACCACCACUAGUGCCGAUACCAGCAUUCGUCCCACUGUCACUUCCACCUCCAAAUUAUUACAUUCCACCACCACCAUCUGGACCACCCGGAUCACCCCCACUGCCACCAGUGCUGGUACUAGGUUCAUUCGUCCCAGCACCACCUCCGCCACCAAAUUAUUAUGCUCCUCCAUUACCACUUCUUGGACCACCCUCACCACCUUACACUCCACCCCCUGGACCACCUGAAUCACCCCCACCACCUAAUGCAUCACCUCAGCCUGGACCUCCCGGUCCACCUCCGCCAUCACACUUUGAUCCCUAUGGACCAUCUCCACCUAGACAUCCCCCUCCACCACCUUACUAG